AUGUCCUACCUCCCCGGCCUCCUAACCCUACACCACUCCCUCAACUACCCCUCCCAAGACCACAACAUUACAAACCAACCCCAACCCUCACCAUCCGCAACCCAAGGAACAAAAUACCCGUUCGUAGCCUUCUACACCUCAACAUUCCCAGCCGAAGGCCUCAAAAUCCUCCAAAGCCGCAACAUCCAAUCCCAAUGGGUCCCUUCAGUGACACCCGCCAGCACCCGCAACUACGCCAAAGACCCACGCUUCGCCGAAACAUGGAACAAGCUAGUGGUCUUCUCACUCGAACAGUAUGAGCGCGUCAUCCUCCUCGACGGCGACAUCCUCAUCCGCCGGAACAUGGACUCUUUAAUGGACUUACCGCUCGACGAUGAAACCGAUGCCGAGGGAAACCGGGUGUUUGCGGCUGCGCAUGCUUGCGCUUGUAAUCCCAUGAAGAAGGCGCAUUAUCCGGCUAAUUGGAUCCCGUCGAACUGCGCUUACACAACGCAACACUCCACCCCCGCCGACGCGCAGAACGUUGCCCCACCUCCGGGCUCCGGUGUCGGAAUGCUGAACAGCGGGGUGUUAGUCGUGCGGCCUUCGGCGCGUGUGUACAACGAGAUCACAGCUGCGUUACAGGAGACCGCGCGGAUUGAGCGGUACGACUUCCCUGAUCAGGAGUUGUUGUCUGAUGUUUUUGCUGGACGGUGGGUUCCACUGCCUUAUGUUUAUAAUGCGCUGAAGACGUUGCGGAUGGCGGGUGUGCAUGAUUCUAUUUGGCGGGAUAGUGAGGUUCGGGCUGUGCAUUAUAUCUUUGCUACGAAGCCUUGGCAUGAGGAUGUUGUAGAGGGGGAUUUGUCUGGGUUGGAUGAGACGGGGGUUUGGUGGUGGAGGGCUAAUUGGGAGAGGAUGAGGGUUGAGAGGGGGGUUGGUGUUUUGGAUGAGUUUUCUGGCUCUGGGUGA